AUGGAUGCAAGGAUAUUUUAGAUCAUUUAGAAAAAAAAUAUUAAAAUAUAAUGGUUAAAAUAAAAAAAGAUAACUAAUUGCCAUAUAAAGAAUAUGCUUUAUACAAUAAACUUAAUUACUAUGAAAAGUAUCUAAAAAGAAAUAAUAUCAAAAGUUAUUAGUGUUUUAAUGAGGAAGAAAUUAGAUAAAAAGAAAAACAAAUAAUUUAAUCUAUAAGUCUUAUUUAAUAAACAAUUAUUAUGGGUUACAAAGAAAAUUAAAAUGAUACAAAUAAUGAGAUAUCUUAAAAUCAAAAAGUAACAAUCAGCUUACUUAAUUUCAUAGCAUACUUUGAAAGCGAAGAAAUAAGUCUAAAUUAUAUAGGUUCUAUGGAAAAAUUCAAUGAAGAGGUUGAAUCAUUUAAUUCUUAGCUCAAUUUUGACAAUAUAAUACAUUAUAAUCUAAAAAACUUGCAUGAAAAAGAGAAGAUUUUUCAAGAAAUUAGGAAUUUAAAUGUUGAAAUAUUAAACAAUAAUGAAUGUGAAUAUCAGUUUUAUAUUGAGAAGGAAGGAUCUUUAAGUUUAAGAAUAUAUGGAAUUAGUGAUUAUAAUAGCUUAUUAAAUAAACCAGGUUUUACUUUUCUUAUAUCAAAUUUGA